CCCGAUGUGACCUUUUCGAACGAGCAAUUAGAUGCCGCCGCCUCAAACCGCGACCCCUCUGGCCAUCCUCUCCCGCUUCCUCUCGUCGCCCUCGCCCCCGACGCUGCCCGAGCUCCUCCGCGUCCACGCGCUCGCCGUCACCUCGGGCCUCUCCCCGCGCCCCGACAUCGCCGCCAAGCUCGUCUCCGCCUACUCCUCCGCGGGGCGGCCCGGGCUCGCCGCGCUCGCCUUCUCGGCCUCCCCAUGCCCCGACGCGUUCCUCUGGAACUCCCUCAUCCGCGCCCACCACUGCGCCUCCGAUUUCGCGGCCGCGCUCGCCGCGCACCGCCGUAUGCUCGCGUCGGGCACGCGGCCCUCCCGCUUCACCGCGCCGCUCGCCGCCUCAGCCGCUGCCGAGUUGAGCGCGCUCGGCGUCGGCGCCUCCGUGCACGCCUACUGCGUCAGGUGCGGCCUCCUCGUCGGCGAUGGCGGCUCCGUCGCCGUCGCGUCGUCGCUGGUGUACAUGUAUGCCAGGUGCGGCGUCGUCAGGGACGGGGUGAAGGUGUUCGAGGAAAUGCCCGAGAGGGACGUGGUCGCGUGGACUGCGGUGGUAUCUGGGUGCGUGCGGAAUGGGCAGUGCGCGGAGGGUUUGCGCUAUCUGGUGGAGAUGAUCAGGCUUGCAGACAACAGCGGAACGAGGCCAAACUCACGGACGAUGGAGAGUGGCUUAGAGGCGUGUGGGGUGCUAGGUGAGCUGAACUCCGGUCAAUGCUUGCAUGGCUAUGCAGUGAAGAUCGGGGUUGGCAAUUCCCCGUUGGUGGCUUCUGCACUUUUCUCAAUGUACUCGAAGUGUCACAACACCGAGGGUGCGUCUGUUUUGUUCCCGGAGUUACCAGAGAAAGAUGUGGUUUCCUGGACUAACUUGAUUGGAGCUUACUGUCGGAGAGGGUUUAUUAGGGAGGCCAUUGAGUUGUUUCAGGAGAUGGAGGAGUCCGAUCUGCAGCCAGAUGAGGUUCUCAUUAGUUGUGUCCUUGCAGGGUUGGGUAACAGUGGAAAUGUGCAUGGAGGGAAGGCAUUUCAUGCGCUUAUAACAAAGAGAAACUUUGAAGAUAGUGUAUUGACAGGAAAUGCUUUGAUAUCAAUGUAUGGAAAAUUUGAAUUGGUGGACGUUGCAGGCAGAGUUUUUAGAUCGUCGCAUCAACAAAAUGCGGACUCAUGGAAUUUGAUGAUUGUAGGAUACUGCAAAGCUGGAUGUGAUGUCAAAUGCUUGGAGCUGUACUGUGAGCUGCAGUUCAGAGACAAGGAUGAAUUCCUGUGCGAUGCCAAUAGCUUGGUUUCUGCUAUCUCGUGUUGCUCACGGCUAGAAGAACUAAGACUAGGUCAAUCUGCACACUGUUAUUCAAUCAAGCACUUGCUUGAUGAUAAUUUGUCAGUUGCAAAUGUUUUAAUUGGCAUGUAUGGAAGGUGUGGAAAAUUUGAUCAUGCCUGCAAAAUAUUUGCCCUGACCAAACUGAAGGGGGAUGUUGUCACGUGGAAUGCAUUGAUUUCCAGCUAUGCUUAUCUGGGGCAUUCAAAUUCUGCAUUGUCACUGUAUGAUCAAAUGCUUACUGAAGGUUUGAAACCCAACUCAGCAACCUUGACCACUGUCAUUUCAGCUUGUGCAAACCUGGUUACAUUGGAACGCGCAGAGCAUAUACAUUCUUAUGUGAAAGAUAUGGGGUGGGAAUCUGAUGUAUCAAUCAGUACGGCCCUUGUUGACAUGUAUGCUAAAUGUGGGCAACUUGGAAUUGCAAGAAGGAUUUUUUAUUCUAUGCUUCAACGCGAUGUUGUUUCUUGGAAUGUGAUGAUAUCAGGGUAUGGGAUGCAUGGGGAAGCAAAACGAGCAUUAGAAUUAUUUGAUGAGAUGGUGAGUGGAAGUGUCAAGCCUAAUGGUGUCACCUUUCUUGCCAUUUUAUCUGCUUGCUGCCAUUCAGGGCUUGUUGAGGAGGGCAGGAAGCUGUUCACUAGAAUGGCAAAAUACUCACUUGAGCCUAACCUGAAGCAUUAUGCCUGUAUGGUGGAUCUCUUAGGGAAAUCUGGACAUCUCCAAGAAGCAGAAGAUAUGGUUUUGGCCAUGCCAGCAGAACCUGAUGGUGGGGUAUGGGGAACUUUGCUUACUGCCUGCAAAGUUCACAACAACUUUGAGAUGGGGUUAAGGAUUGCAAAAAAGGCGUUUGCUUCUGACCCAGAAAAUGAUGGAUAUUACAUUUUAAUGUCUAAUUCUUAUGGCAGUGUUCAAAAAUGGGAUGAGAUAGAGAAACUAAGAAAGAUGAUGAAGAAUCAUGGAGUGGAAAAAGGUGUAGGUUGGAGUGCAGUUGAUAAUCGUGGGUGACUUCAAUUGUAGAUAUGUUCUUUCAUCACCCAUAAUUACUUUUUCUAAAUUUUUUUUUCCAAAAAGAUAGUGGCCUUAUAGACUGAUUGAUGAAAGCAUCGGCUCAUUGACAUUAGUUUAGGUAAAAACGUGGAAGAUUUGUGCGUGUGGAUGAUUUGAAUGGUACAGAAGCGAUUGGAGUUGAAAUUACUACACGUGUUGGAAGUAAUGUGUAUAAAUGGUUACAUCGUAAAAGUUAAGGCCAUAAAAAUAUUGACUGUGCUUCUUUUGGAGAAUACACAAAUUGAUCCAAUGUGCUAUCUGUAUCAUAGAAGUGGGAAGUAGGAACUGUUCCCAUAAAGGUGCAUAAAUAGAUCUGUGCACCAGGCUGGCUGUAGCAUGGUAGAUACAGAUUGUUGGCAGUAGAUUUCUGUAUGAUGAGACUGAAGCAGCACCACUAGUAGAUAUUAUUUGACCAUGAUCAUGGUGUCAGUGCCACUAUUACAUUUUUCUAUAAAAAGUACUGAGCUAGUAUCAUGUCACUGCAAUUUUGCCAUGACCAUGGUGUUAGUGUCACUAUUGCAGUUUUCUGAAAGAAGUACUGAUCUUGUAUUAUGCUGAUGCAAUUGUUGGUUGUGAAAGAAUUGACAUAUCUGAAAUGUACCCGGCUGCUUAUAACAUGGUAACUCAUUCUCCCAGUUGAUCUGUUUUUAUUUAGCUUUUUUUUCUUCCUGUUUUUAGAAUUUUUUUUCACUAUGUACUAUGGGGUUGUUGUGGUGGAGUGAAAAGUGAAAACUUCUCCAGGUUAGCCGCAAAUGCAACUUCCCUCUGUUACUUUUCUCGUGUUACACAUUGUUCGUUAUGGCUGCAUCUAGUUUUCUAUUUACUUUUCUCCUUGUGAUACAUUGUCUGGUGUGGCUGCCGUUUCUUUCAACUGCUAAUGAAACAUUCGCUCUGUUCGUUUGGCUUGGCAGCCAACCAGCCAGCAGUAUUGUUCUCUCAUACUAAAUCAGCACCAGCCACCAGCUACCAGCCAGUCAGCAGUACUGUUUUCUCAUAACAAAUCAGCACCAGCUACAGCCGAGUGAACACAGCGAAUGUCUUUGCAUGGUCAGUUAAAUGAUUACUUGCAUGGUCCUCGCAAGUCUUGACAAAGCACAAAGGAGCUCAUGCCGUGGCUGCAUGUAAGAGCCAGGUGACACAAAAGUGCCCACGGAAAAUAUCACAACCUUGCCUGGUUGCUUAAGCAUUCGUUUUUCGUCGGCAGGCGCGUGUGGCCAAGCCUUCUAGCGAUCAUGACGAUCAGCUUACAUGAUUACAUCGUGCUUGAUUGGUCCCCGGUUGCUGCAGGAGGGCAGAAACUUCCUGCAGGUACGAAUCAGAAUAAUGAGGUAGGGUCGGAAAAUGGUACCCAGUGCCACGUUGAAGCAGAGCUAAGCCGUGGUAGCGCUGACUGGAGCAAAAAGCCGGCAGCAGCAUAUGCAGUUGCUACAUGGCAUGACCUUUUUGUGUCACGUUGCUCAUAAAAUUCUUAGGGUCCAUGUCUUCGGAGCACUAAUUGUUCUGUAAAUGAUGCUGAGCAAGCCGGUGCCACACAGUGACACAGGGAGAUGUAAACUGAAAACCUCUGACCAACUUGUCACUUCUUUUGUAGUUUUGUUGCCUGUUGACGACAUAUGGCUGAGCACGGCUGCGCUAUCGUGCGGGCCUGAACGAAUAAAUGAAACCUGAUGCCUCAUAAAUCCUGUCUCGACA